AUGGGUGCCGUGAAUGUGGAAAAUAUGAAACGUUUGUGCACUAUAUUAGCUAAAUCCCGACACAGGUUUAUUGUAUCGAAAGGACCCAAACAUGACGAGUACGAUCUGCCCGAUAACAUGUGGGGACAGUCAUCGGUACCACAGAUACAAGUGUUGCCAUUAGUCGAUUUGGUCAUAACUCACGGCGGAAAUAAUACGACUACCGAAACGUUUAGUUUCGGUAAACCUAUGAUUGUGUUACCACUGGCUGCCGAUCAGUUCGAUAACGCACAGAGACUUCAGGACAAGGGUUUCGGUAUCCGUUUGGAUACAUAUAAGUGUACGGAUGAGGAACUGUUGACUGCCAUUGAAAAGCUAUUGAAUGACAACGAGUUGAUCGAAAAGUUGCAGAAAAUAUCACAACGAAUACAAUCGGAUAAUAGUUUAGAAAAAUUUCCACAAAUUCUUGAUAACUAUUUGAAAGAUCCGUCAAUUUAUUUACAAUAA